AUGGCGGCCGGUAAGGAGGGUUGUGGUUUGGGAGAAGUGGCCGGAGGGAGUGGGCGGCGGCUCCACCUGGGGAUUCCUGAGGCCGUUUUCGUGGAAGAUGUAGAUUCCUUCAUGAAACAGCCUGGGAAUGAGACUGCAGAUACAGUACUGACAAAGCUGGAUGAACAGUACCAGAAGUAUAAGUUUAUGGAGCUCAACCUUGCUCAAAAGAAAAGGAGGCUAAAAGGUCAGAUUCCUGAAAUUAAGCAGACUUUAGAAAUUCUAAAGUGCAUGCAGAAGAAAAAAGAGUCCACCAAUUCACUGGAGACCAGGUUCUUACUGGCCCAUAACCUGUAUUGCAAAGCUUCAGUUCCUCCUACCGAUAAAGUGUGUCUGUGGUUGGGGGCGAAUGUAAUGCUUGAAUAUGAUAUUGAUGAAGCUCAGGUGUUGUUGGAAAAGAAUUUAUCGACUGCCACAAAGAAUCUUGAUUCUCCUGAGGAAGACCUGGACUUUCUUCGAGAUCAAUUUACUACCACAGAAGUCAAUAUGGCCAGGGUUUAUAAUUGGGAUGUAAAAAGAAGAAACAAAGAUGAUCCUACCAAGAACAAAGCAUAAUGCUGCCAAUUAAAAAUGUGGUUCUAUUUUCCAAACA